AGACUAGUUACAAAGCCGGAGAAAAAUAUACUUGUACUUUUGCAUUGAAUUAAUUAUUGUGUGUUAAUUUAUUAUUAAUUGUUGCAGUGUUAUUGAUAAAAUGGAUUUUUAUUUUUCACUGACAGUCCGUGUUUUUAGUAAUUGGACAGCAUUGAGAUUAGCUGUUGAAAAUGAUAUGGGAAGCAAAGACGAGGCCUAUGAGUUUUGUCGACACGUGGCAGAUUUUUUGUGUGAAUCGAAGAAUUUAUUUACGAGUGAAAUUCAAGAUUUGCUAGAAGAUUACAUGGAAGAUGCAUUUAAUACCGAGCUUCAAGAUUUCAGUGGUAAACAAGUAGCCGAUGAAUUGUACAGAUUUUAUUCGAAAUACAAUAUGGGCAAUGUAUCUGAGGUUGAGUCAGAGUUGGAAAAAUUACCACCGGUACAACCAUGGAUUUUACCAAAUAAAUUACGUUUAAGAACUCUGAUGAAACCUAGUGUUGCUGAGCAACCUAAUGUUGCUGAAAUGGACAGUGAUUCUUCUGAAAGUGAUGAGAAUGAAGAAAGUAUGGAGAUUGAAAAAGAUUCAGAAUGGACAGUAGUUUCAUUAGGGAGAAGAAGAAAUAGACUCUAACGAUUCAAUGAUAUUACGCAUUAUAAAUUUUUAUUAAAAAAAAAAAAAAAGAAAGACAUUUAUACUAUUAUA